AUGAGUAAAUCUAAUAAUAGAAAGGCAUUGUCGGACAAAGAACUUCAACGUGCUGCUGAAAGAUUUGGAGAUUUGUCAGAUUCUGAUCACGAAAUUGAAUACGAAAUCGAGGAAGAAAUCGAUGAAGAUUUUUUGCAUGAGAUCGUCUCGGAAUCGGAAGUAGAUUUAGAAAGUCAUUCUGAAGAGGAAUCUGAUUUAGACCCGAGUAUAGACACAGGCACAGAUAUAACAGCUAUAGUUAAAAUAAACGAAAAAUUAAUCGAAAAGCAAAGACUUCAGAAAAGGGAGUCUGAACAAAGAAGACGGGAAAGACAUAAAAGUAAUCCGGAGCAAAGAAAAACGGAGAACAAAAUAAAGUCAGUAAACAAGUUAAAUAACAGAGAAAAACGUCAUGUAAGGAAGCAAUGGAAGAUAAAUUCCAAGAAAUACAGAGAUAACUUAAAAGCAGUUACCAGAGAAAAUAGAUUUUUGAUGGAAUAUACACAACCAGGAAUCAACAUUUGA